GGGCUCUGGCGCAGUCACGUAGUCAGAGCGCGCACGCGCGGUGUGCGUCAGUAACGUGAACUAGUUGGAAACAUCAGUGAGGGGAAAGGUAACGUUAGACUAGCGACAGAUAAAGAGCUGAGGCAGGUUUGCGACGCGUGUGUGUUUUGAUACACAACAAAACGAGCACGGAGUAAUAUAUAAAGCUCAAAUACUAGUCUCGUUAAUGUUGUUUUAUCCUUUCAGACCGGGUUUAAGAGUUCGGGAUAAAGCUAGUGCUCCGGCUAGCCGCUGUAAGUUAACGUUAGCUCGUCGGAUAAAGCCAUAAACAACUAAACGCGAUUCUCUGGGCAGAUAGCUUAACCGACAGAUCGUCCCAGACAUCCUCAGUCUGGAGUUUUGCUGAGUUUUGGUUGUGUUUUUUAUUUAUUUAUUUUAUUUUUAUUUUUUGUGGGAGGCUUCCCUUAAAUGCGAGUGCUGUUGAUAGAUCACCUAACAUAUAGUACUGUAUUUAACGUUAGUCUCGUGAACUGUAGAACUGUUUCCGUUCGGGAAAUCAAAUGAUCACAAAGCAGAAGUGAUUCUUGAAGUCGUCUUGAGAUGUGGCCUGUGUUUGAUUGACAGUCAUGGGAGGCUGCGUGGGGCGCGAGAGCGCGGAGUCACGUGGACACGGCUCGAGGAAGCGCGGAGGUCGUAAUGAGCCGCUGAAGAAAGACAAGCCCAAGUGGAAGAGUGAUUACCCCAUGACAGAGGGCCAGCUCCGCAGUAAGAGAGAUGAGUUCUGGGACACGGCUCCGGCGUUCGAGGGCCGGAAGGAGAUCUGGGAUGCCCUGAAGGCUGCCGCUGUGGCUCUGGAGUGUAACGAUCACGAACUGGCUCCGAUCGUGGACGGAGCCAACAUCACGUUACCACACGGAUCCCUGACCGAGUGUUACGAUGAACUCGGAAACCGUUACCAGCUUCCGGUUUACUGCCUGGCCCCGCCGGUCAAUCUGAUCAGCGAAAGAAGCGAAGAAGACCUGUCUGACAACCCCGAGCCCCCGACCACACAGAAGAAAGAGUUCCAGCUGAAAGUACGGCUCUCCACCGGCAAAGACGUGCGUCUGAACGCCAGCAUGACCGACACCAUCGGCCUGCUCAAAAAACAGCUGCAAGCUCAGGAGGACAUCGACCUGGCCCACCAGCGCUGGUUCUUCUCUGGGAAGCUCCUCACAGACAAGACCCGCCUGCAAGACACCAAGAUCCAGAAGGACUUUGUCAUCCAGGUCAUCGUGAACCAGCAGCCCACACCGAACCACUAGGAUGGACUACAAAGGGAUAAAGGACCAAACCACAGCAGCUGAAAGAACAUCGAACCACAACACGUUUUGCACAAAAAUGAAUCGAGACCAUCGAGCAACUUGAUCCUGCUGUUCUAGAGGAAAAUAUCUUUGAUUCACAGCGUGCGUCAAGCCGAACAUCUGGAGAAACAAAUAAACCAAAUCGCAUCUUGAGCAGAAAUACCAACGUGAAUUUGGUAGCGAAGCACACCGAUCUGAGUCUCUUGACUAUGCAUAUCCUGCAAAACGGUCCUCUGAAUGCGAUCUCUCCCGUUUCAAGAUAAUGAGCUUCAUUUUGCACACUUGAGUAUCUUAGAAUAGCUGUGCCUUGAAAGAAGAGUAAAUGCUGGUUUUAUUUCGCUUACGAGGCACGUUCGGUCACUUUCACACGCUUUGUAUUUUAGGACUGACUAAAUCUUUGAGCACAACUGUACUUUCUAUGCAAUCCUAAAACCGGAAAAAGACGCUGAUGUCGUUCAUCCGAUGUAGCUAAUCUACAAGUCGGACACGCUCGCUGACGGAGGCACCGCUAAAAGGCUCGCUGUGUAAAUGGAGUGCGCAGAGACGAUGCUUCACAUCUUCAUCAGCCUCCGUGCGCUGUAGAUUAGACAUCAUCUUGUAGAUGAAACCGUAUUUCUGCCUCCUAAAGGAAGAUUGGACGCGCUAUCAGACUUCUUCUUUUAUAGUGCUGUAAUCGCUCAGGCUGCAAUCAGUCGAUAUUGCUACUAUUUUGAGAGAUUAUAUUCUGUACUAUUCCAAUCUUUACCCUGCUUUUUGUAAUCACUUAGACUAAGACUUUUUAAUAAUUCUUAAACCUUUAUCAGUGGCAUUACGAGGCUGUUAUAUUUUGAGAAUGCAUUGUUGCAUCUGUAUCAGCAUCAGGCCUGCGACGUUUGGUCCUCAAUGUCUGUUCAUUUUAAUGUUGUUUAUUUGACUAAAGGUUUUCUGCUCCUGAUUAUAUCACCGUGUGACUCUCAGCGCACACCACACCGGUUAGAAACAGCUCAUUACCUCAACGGCAACUGUUCCUCAUUAGCUUGAGUCUCCUGAGCGCCGGCGUGUUUCUAGUAUCACGCCAUUCCUUCUACUUUGGGUUACUUCUUUCCUCUGUUGUUCUUAAGCAUAUUUUUUUUUAUUAAAAGAUAUGUGAAGGUUUAUGGAUGAGAGAAAUCACAUUAAUUUAUCAUUGCAAAUAGCAAAAGUUUCAUUGGGCAUGCAAAUUGCAUCAUUUUGCAUUCAAGGAAUAUUCCAGGUUUAAAUACAAGUUAAGCUAUUCCGAAUCCUCUGUAUUGUAUGGUCAGCUACCACGAAAAAAAAUAAAUAAUAAAUCGAACUCCAUCAUUUUAACAUUUAUGCACUUGCAAUGCAUGUCCAAGUGGUGUUUACUUUAGUAAUUGACAGUAUGCAAUAGAUUCAAGGCAUUAUUCGACAGAAAAUGAAAAUUCUGUCAUCAUUUAGUCACUCCUCCUAAAAUCUGAAAAUGUGUCGUCUCUUUUUUUUUUUUUUUUCCAUUGUGUCAUUGUGGUCCAAUGUUAUUUUGUUUGACAUAAAAAGCUAAAUUUUAUAUAUAUAUAUAUAUACUAUCUCAAAAUUAAGUCAAAAUUUAGAUAAGUCAUAAUUCUGACAAACAUCGCAACUUAUGACUCAUCUCAAUUUUGGCUUAUAUUUUGACUUUUUCAUAAGUUUAAAUAUUUGUCAGAAUUACAAGUAAUUGAAAUCGAGAUCAUAAUUUUGACUUUUCAUAAUGUUGCUGUUUAUCUCAUACUUUUGGCUUCUUUUCAAAAUUCUCAUUUUUAUUUCAUAAUAAAAGCCAGUGUGGUCCAGUGUUGUUUUGGACCCCACAGGCUGUCAUUUCAUGUACAAAAACAACAAUAGAAACAUUUCUAUAUCUUUUGUGCUUUGCAGAAGAUGGUAAGUCACAGGUUUGGAACAUGAGGGUGAGUGAAUAAUGACAAUUUUCAUUUUAGGGUGAACUGUCCCUUUAACCUGGAACAUUCCCAGUCCUGCACAUUGUAAAGCACAUGCCCUGUGGAAACAUCGUUUAGUCCAAAAACUCACUUAAUUCCUUUAACUGUUUAUGUGCGUCAUGAAUUAUACGCUUUGAAACGUUCAGUAACGUUGUGUACUCCUCAAAUCCUGCAUUCUUUGCUGCCUUUUUCCCAGGUUGGGAGCGGUGUGACCUCCGGCUGUCUCCAGAAACCUGUCCUUAGUCAGCACAAUAUGAAACCCUAAUGCUGUGACAACAGCCCAAAUAGAUGCGCUGCUGCUGCUAAUGAUAGAGCCAAAACGGCAAACCUUGAUAGCAAUUCUCUCAUCGGCAUCCGCUUUGUUUUUCUCACAUGCGAGAAAAAAAAACCCAAUUUUUUUUACACUUCUGUUAGUAAUAUUAAAAAAUGAGUGGCAAAUGUCAGAAGAUAAUUAAAAGGGUUAGGUAUAGGUCUGUAUUUUGUGUUCAUCCACAUGUUUUACAAACGUGUGCUGAUUGUGAUUAUAAUGGUUUUAGAUUUGAGACAGCGAAGAGAAACCUUGCUGUCAUUCUAGGUGCAUGGUUCGAUACGACAAUUCUUCUGCAUUCAAUGUUUUCUUUAUGUAUCGUUUGUUAUCUCUGUUUGAAUGUACGUCUGAUGGUGUGGAUUCAGGUGUGUCUCAUGACAUGAAGUUUCCAGAUUUGACUGAGGAAGCUGCUUGGAAGCCAUACGUGUGGAUGUUUUUCGCCCCACUGUGUUGGGACAAUUUCAGGAGACUUGCUUUCGACAUUUUCCUUUCAAAUCCCAGAAUAUAAAAAGCCAUUUCUCUUUACUCAAGCCUGUGUGUAUGGAAGCCUGUUUCUGCCACAUAAGAAAAUAAUCAUGUUUUACUGAAUCAUAAUUGUGACGCGAGUCAUCAUGAGAUUGGUGUCAAAAUUGAGAUUACGAAGUAAAAAAAAUUACGUCCAAAAAAUUGUAAUGGUCAUGAUUGUAAUUAUAAUUUCAUUUCGAUUUUUGUCUAUUAUGACUUUGUGUUUCAGAAUUUUGACAUUAAUAUUUUUUUGAUAGUUUUGACUUCUCAUAAUUGUGAAUUUCGACUGUCGUAAUCAUGACUUUAUCUUAUAAUUGAGUUUUUAAUCUCAUAAUUUUGUCAUAAUUGGCUUAUUUCAUCAUUUUGACUGUCAUAAAUUUGAAUGUUUGUCAAUAGUUUUCAUCAAAAUUUCAACUUUUUGUAAUACCUAACUUUACAUCUCAUAAUUAUGACUUAUCUUCUCAUUAUGGUUUACCAAAGCAUGAUUUUUGUUCUCGCAUGGCAGAAAUAUCCCACCCACAUGAACUUCUCAUAAACCCUUAGAAGGAAUUCACAUGAAUUUCUUCAUAGAUGAAUAUCUGUAUAUUAAGAGUUAAAAAGUGUGUGAAAUUCUUACCUAAAUUUGCUUACGGCCUAUUUUACAAACGUUAUGUAUAUUUACAAGGUCAUUUGUUUUUCAGAUGUUUUAAUUGUCAAUUAAAAUUAACAGCUGGGAAAGCAAACAGA